CAUGACACAUAAGAAAGACUGAAAAGGAUGGAUUUAACAAUGUAAACCAAAUAAAAAUAACAAUUAUCAUCGUAUUUCAGUGACGAUUUAGUAAACCACAUCGGUUAGGAUAGUGCACCAUUUAUGCUGACCAGAAAUAAAUUACAUCGUUAGCAACAUUGACAACCAUGCAGAACCUGUAGACAUACAGUUGAUAUUGUCAAUACUCCAUUGCAAUGUCUUGUUCUUGUUAGUUUACUGGUACCAGUCGGCGCUAUAGCUGUACCCAGCUGAUAAAGAUGAACGCUUUAGUUGCCCUUUGCCACUUUUGUGAACUCCAUGGCCCGCGGACGCUAUUCUGUACAGAGGCCGUCCACCCUCCAUCCCCGUCUCCUCCGCAGCCUGGUCCAGUCAUUCCUGGUGACAGGGACCGAGAGGCGGACAGAGAGGGCGAAGGGCUCACCAUGAGAGCCAACAGCUCUGCCACACAGAGAGCUGACAUGUGUGAAGGCUGUCGCUCCCUACCUGCGUCUCACCCAGGCUUUGUGAGUGUGGACAGUGAGACGGGAAUCCGCUAUCUGAGCCACCAGCACCCACGCCAGCAACAGCUCUUCAGUGUCGUGCGACAAGCAUGUGUGCGCAGCCUGAGCUGCGAGGUUUGUCCUGGUCGAGAGGGGCCCAUCUUCUUUGGAGAUGAACAGCACGGAUUUGUUUUCUCUCAUACGUUUUUCAUCAAAGACAGCCUGGCACGGGGCUUCCAGCGCUGGUACAGCAUUGUCGUGGUAGCCAUGGACAGGAUCUACCUCAUCAACUCCUGGCCAUUCCUGUUGCGCCACCUGCGGCUAACCAUUCAGAGUCUACAGAACACAGCACUCAAGGUGUUUGACAGUGAGCAGUGUGUGUGUCCUCAGAGGGCUGUGCGUAUGAACAGCGCCUUCUCUCCGGCAGUGUUCCCUCACCAGCGCAGCGGCAAUGCAGCCCGCUCUCUCACAUCCCUAACCCAACACCCCAACCUGUGGGCUAGUCUGCACUCCUCAAUCAGCUGGUUGCUGAAAGCUUGUGGCAGUCGGUUGACAGAGAAGCUUUUAGAAGGGGCACCCACAGAAGACACACUCGUUCUCAUUGAAAGACAAACCGAGCAAGAGGAAGAGAUGAGUGGCUGGGAUGGUGCUGAAGGGGGCGGGUCUAACCCACAGCCCAGCCAAUCAGAGAGUGUGCAGGCUAAAGAUUUUCAAUUUGAUGACGGAAGACAAGAGGACCUUCUUGGGCCAAAGUUCAAAUCACUGAGACAUUUAAGACAGGUCCUGGGUACCAGUGAUUUCCGACAGCUGGCAUGGCACGUUCUCAUGGGAAAUCAAGUCAUAUGGAGAGGUGCAGACCCUGGUCUUAUCCAGUCAGCUUUCAAUGUGCUGAAGGCUUUGCUUCCAGUUGGAUGUGUCCGAGCAGUUCCGUACAGUCCUCACUAUGAGGAAGCAUAUCGAUGCAACUUCCUUGGCCUUAGCCCAGAUGUACCAAUCCCAGCCCAUGUUAGCUCUUCAGAGUUUUCCAUGCUGGUGGAUGUACUUAAUGUUGAGCGCGGUUGUGUAAAUCCCGUUUCGGAUGAUGACAUUCUCUCACUAUACCAGUUCAACAUUAGCAGUGCAAACACACAGCCAACAGAUAAAGGUCCAACUCUGUUGAAUAAGAUCGAAGUGGCUCUUUCUAAUGAGAAUUUGUCAGUGGAGGUGGUCUCUCUCUGCUUACUCUGUCUGAAAGAAGAGUGGAUGAACAAAGUAAAAGUGUUGUUUAAGUUCUCCAAGGUGGAUGGCAGAGGUAAAGAGGACACUCAGAAGGUUUUAGCCCUGCUGGGGGCCACGGGGCCCGGGGAAGAGGACAAUGUGCGUCUUCUUAAGUUUUGGAUGACAGGACUCAGCAAGCUCUACAAGAGCCAUCUAAUGACAGCAGUCAGAGGUGGAGAGAGAACUCUGAGCCAGUGAGAGAGAGAAAGGGGACAAUGGACUCACUGCUAGAGUUAGAUGAAAGGAAUGUGUGGGUGCGUGUGUGUGUCUGUGUGUCAAUUACGGGAAAAGCGGGCCAGCCCUGAGAAUGUGUUUUUCUGCAUGGUACAGAGAGAAAGUAAAAACUAUCAUUGUGAUUGGAGCCUCAAAAACUUUUACUUACACAUGUGCAUUUAAAUGGAAUGUUGUUUUACCGUCAUGCAUAGACAUGUCCAUUUUCUAUCUUUUUCACUGUGUCUAAUAGAGCACAUGGUCCACUGACAUUAUGGGAACUAGGCAGAGUAUCAGUUGACAUGAUACUGUUUGAGGCAUGCUUAUUGCAAUUCAUCAUCCAUUUUUUUUUUUUACAUCUGACUUGUCUGAGAAAGAAUUUGUAUUUUAUGAGCAAUUUUAUUUAUCCUUAUUUGAUAACUUAUUUUAAAUAAACAGCUUUUACUUUAAUCUCACACAUGCUAAAUAAAGACUACGUGCUGCUUGUAAACCAAAGUGUUACAUUUUUUUAAAUUAAGUACUAUAAUUUAUUACAGCAAUGUGGUUAUACCAGCUACUGACCUCUAUCAGAAUCAUAUGGAAGGGAAGAAAUAGUUUUUUAGUGCUAAGCCUGUAAUUGCUGCCAUGAGAGAUUUUCUGGAUAUGUAGAAAUCCCCUUAAACCCAUUAUAGUUUUUAAAGCUUGUUUCAAUGUACUACAAGACUUAAAAUCAUGCAAUAAACACUGUGCAAACAUGCAAGUCCCCCCUAAGCAGCUCUUACGUAAGGAA